ACUCUUCCGGGCUGUGGAGCAAAGGACCCGUGCAUGAUUUUGUAUUUUUUGUGUUCCUAUAUUUGAAAUAGCAGUUGUCACGGACUCGGGGAUUUAUUUCUGUACAAAAGCAAGCCGGAGAGUGCCUUAUUCUUUUCCAGCUCAGGUCUCCUGUAAGUUACCAUGGCUCAGAAAGAUGUGGAUAAGUAUCUUUAUGUGGACAAAAAUCUCCUCAAUAACCCACUGGCCCAGGCAGACUGGGCUGCCAAGAAGUUGGUAUGGGUUCCUUCAGAGCGGAAUGGGUUUGAAGCAGCCAGCCUGAAGGAGGAAGUUGGUGAUGAAGCAAUGGUGGAACUAAUAGAAAAUGGAAAAAAAAUUAAGGUGAACAAGGAUGACAUACAGAAAAUGAAUCCUCCUAAGUUCUCAAAGGUGGAAGAUAUGGCAGAACUCACUUGCUUGAAUGAGGCAUCUGUGCUCCACAACUUAAAAGAGCGGUACUACUCGGGGCUCAUUUAUACUUACUCUGGCUUGUUCUGUGUGGUGGUUAAUCCUUAUAAAAAUUUACCCAUUUAUUCAGAAGAAAUUGUGGAAAUGUACAGGGGUAAAAAGCGACACGAGAUGCCACCUCAUAUUUACGCCAUCACGGAUACUGCUUAUAGGAGUAUGAUGCAAGAUCGUGAAGACCAGUCCAUUCUUUGCACAGGUGAAUCUGGAGCUGGUAAAACUGAGAACACAAAAAAGGUCAUUCAGUUUUUGGCACAUGUCGCAUCUUCACAUAAGAGCAAAAAAGACCAGGGAGAACUUGAGAGGCAGUUGUUGCAAGCCAAUCCCAUUUUGGAGGCCUAUGGUAAUGCCAAAACUGUCAAGAAUGAUAACUCAUCCCGAUUUGUAAUAUUUUACCGGAUGUCAGAAAAAGUGAAUAACUACGUGGUAGGGGCAGGGCUCAAGACAUACCUACUUGAAAAGUCUCGAGCCAUUCGGCAAGCCAAAGAUGAGCGAACUUUCCACAUAUUUUACUACUUGCUCUCUGGUGCAGGAGAACACCUGAAAACUGAUCUGCUUUUGGAGGGUUAUGACAAGUACCGGUUCCUUUCCAAUGGCCACGUGACAAUUCCAGGACAGCAAGACAAAGAUUUAUUUCAGGAGACCAUGGAGGCCAUGAAGAUCAUGAGCAUCCCAGAUGAUGAGCAAAUGGGCUUGUUGAAAGUGAUUUCAGGAGUUCUUCAGCUUGGUAAUAUUGUAUUCAAGAAAGAACGCAAUACAGACCAAGCCUCCAUGCCAGAUAAUACAGCUGCUCAGAAAGUUUGCCAUCUCCUUGGGGUCAAUGUCACUGAUUUUAGUAGAGGCAUCCUAUCUCCACGGAUAAAAGUUGGUCGUGACUAUGUACAAAAGGCCCAGACCAAAGAACAGGCUGAUUUUGCCAUCGAAGCACUGGCCAAAGCUACUUAUGAACGCAUGUUUCGCUGGCUGGUAAUGCGUAUUAAUAAGGCAUUGGAUAAGACAAAGAGACAGGGGGCAUCAUUUAUUGGCAUUCUGGAUAUUGCUGGUUUUGAAAUCUUUGAGCUCAACUCUUUUGAACAGAUGUGUAUUAAUUACACCAAUGAGAAGUUACAACAGCUGUUUAACCACACCAUGUUCAUCCUGGAGCAGGAGGAGUAUCAACGAGAAGGCAUUGAGUGGAACUUUAUCGAUUUUGGCCUGGAUCUACAGCCUUGCAUUGACUUAAUAGAAAAACCGGCUGGUCCUCCUGGGAUCCUGGCUCUCUUGGAUGAAGAAUGUUGGUUCCCUAAAGCUACAGAUAAAAGCUUUGUAGAGAAAGUGGUACAGGAACAAGGAAGUCAUCCCAAGUUCCAGAAACCCAAACAGCUUAAGGACAAGGCUGACUUCUGCAUUAUGCAUUACGCUGGCAAGGUAGAUUACAAAGCGGAUGAGUGGCUCAUGAAGAACAUGGAUCCCUUAAACGAUAAUAUUGCAACCUUGCUGCACCAGUCAUCUGAUAAAUUUGUGUCUGAGCUCUGGAGGGAUGUUGAUCGUAUUGUAGGACUGGAUCAGGUUGCAGGCAUUGGUGAAACUUCAAUGCCUGGGGCAUUUAAGACCAGAAAAGGAAUGUUCCGUACUGUGGGUCAGCUUUACAAGGAACAGCUUGCCAAACUAAUGACCACUCUGAGGAACACAAACCCCAACUUUGUCCGCUGCAUAAUCCCAAAUCAUGAGAAAAAGGCUGGCAAAUUGGAUUCUCACCUUGUGCUAGAUCAGUUACGGUGUAAUGGUGUACUUGAAGGUAUCAGAAUCUGUAGACAAGGAUUUCCAAACAGAAUAAUCUUUCAGGAGUUUAGGCAGAGAUAUGAGAUUCUCACACCAAAUGCUAUUCCCAAGGCCUUUAUGGAUGGAAAGCAAGCUUGUGUACUUAUGAUCAAAGCUCUGGAACUAGAUUCAAAUCUCUAUAGGAUUGGUCAGAGUAAAGUGUUUUUCCGAGCUGGUGUCCUGGCUCACCUUGAAGAGGAGAGAGAUCUGAAAAUCACAGAUGUCAUCAUUGCCUUCCAGGCCUGGUGUAGGGGAUACUUGGCAAGAAAGGCCUUUGCAAAGAGGCAACAACAGCUAACCGCUAUGAGAGUGAUACAGAGGAACUGUGCAGCAUACCUGAAACUGCGCAACUGGCAAUGGUGGAGACUUUUUACCAAGGUAAAACCAUUGCUUCAAGUGAGCAGACAAGAAGAAGAAAUGCUUGCCAAGGAGGAAGAGCUGUCCAAGAUAAAAGAAAAGCAGAUGGCUACUGAAACCAUGCUGGCAGAUAUGGAAGAAAAGCAUGUACAGCUUGCUGCAGAGAAACAAGCAUUGCAAGAGCAAUUGCAAGCAGAAACGGAACUUUGCGCAGAGGCUGAGGAAAUGCGUGUUCGUCUUGCAGCUAAAAAGCAGGAACUUGAGGAGAUCCUUCAUGACCUAGAGGCAAGAGUUGAGGAGGAAGAAGAAAGAUGUCAGCAACUUCAGGCCGAAAAAAAGAACAUGCAGCGGAAUAUACAGGAUUUGGAAGAGCAGCUAGAAGAGGAAGAAGCAGCCCGACAAAAACUACAACUGGAGAAAGUGACUACUGAAGCCAAACUUAAGAAACUGGAAGAAGAUGUCAUUGUGCUAGAUGAUCAAAAUGCCAAACUUGCAAAGGAAAAGAAGCUGCUUGAAGAAAGAGUUGCAGAAUUCACUGCUAACCUAGCAGAAGAGGAGGAAAAAUCCAAGAGUUUAACAAAACUGAAGAAUAAGCAUGAAACCAUGAUCACAGAGCUGGAAGAUCGCCUACGUCGGGAGGAAAAAGCACGUCAGGAGCUUGAGAAGAAUCGUAGGAAAUUGGAAGGUGAUUCAUCAGAUCUGCAUGAUCAAAUUGCUGAACUGCAGGCUCAGAUAGCUGAUCUCAAAGCACAAUUGGCUAAGAAAGAAGAGGAGCUACAGGCAGCACUGGCAAGGAUUGAGGAAGAAACUACUCAGAAGAAUAUGGCUCUGAAAAAGAUUAGAGAACUUGAAGCCCAGCUUGGUGAACUACAAGAAGAUUUGGAAGCAGAGAGAAAUGCCAGAAACAAAGCAGAGAAACAGAAACGUGACCUUGGAGAAGAGCUAGAAGCACUGAAAACCGAGCUAGAGGACACACUUGAUUCCACAGCUGCACAGCAAGAAAUGAGAACAAAGCGAGAGCAAGAAGUGACACAGCUGAAGAAAGCCUUGGAUGAAGAGGCUAAAACUCACGAGGCCCAAAUUCAGGAAAUGAGGCAAAAACACUCUCAGGCUCUGGAGGAUUUGUCUGAGCAGCUGGAACAAGCUAAACGGGUUAAAGGCAACUUGGAAAAGGCGAAGCAAUCUUUGGAGUCUGAACGCAAUGAACUGAACAAUGAAGUGAAAGUACUUGUGCAGAGUAAAGCAGACCUGGAGCACAAGAAAAAGAAGGUUGAAGUGCAGCUGCAAGAAUUUCAGGUCAAAGUUACCGAGGGAGACAGGCAAAGGGCAGAACUUACUGACAAAGUGCUGAAGUUGCAGACUGAGCUGGAAAAUGUUAAUGGUCUUCUCAGCCAAUCGGAUGGCAAGUCUAUUAAACAAGCCAAAGAAAUUACAACACUGGAGUCGCAACUACAGGAUGCACAGGAACUUCUUCAGGAAGAGACACGACAGAAGUUGGCACUAAGCACGAAGUUAAAGCAGUCUGAAGAUGAAAAGAACAAUCUCAAAGAGCAGCUUGAUGAGGAAGAGGAGGCAAAGAAAAACCUGGAGAGACAGAUUACUACUAUUCAAGCCCAGCUAUCGGAAAUGAAGAAGAGAGUGGAUGAAGGAGCGGGUUCUCUGGAGACCAUGGAAGAAGCCAAGAAGAAACUGCAGAAAGAGGUUGAGGCCGCUAAUCAGCGUUAUGAGGAAAAGUCUGCAGCCUUUGACAAGUUGGAAAAGACCAAAAAUAGGCUUCAGCAGGAACUUGAUGACUUAUUGGUGGACCUGGAUCACCAGAGACAAACUGUCUCAAACCUGGAGAAGAAGCAAAAGAAAUUUGAUCAGAUGCUGGCAGAAGAAAAAAGCAAUUCAGCGAAGUAUGCUGAACAAUGUGAUCGUGCUGAAGCUGAAGCUCGUGAGAAGGAGACAAAGGCCUUGGCCCUUGCUCGUGCUCUGGAAGAAUCCAGAGAGCAGAAUGCAGAGUUGGAGAGGCUUAAUAAGCAACUCCGUACGGAGAUGGAAGAUCUGAUGAGUUCAAAAGAUGACGCUGGCAAGAGUGUGCAUGAGCUGGAAAAGUCAAAGCGUGCCCUUGAGCAGCAGGUAGAAGAAAUGAAGACACAGCUAGAGGAACUUGAAGAUGAACUACAAGCUACUGAAGAUGCCAAGCUGAGGUUAGAGGUUAAUCUACAAGCUAUGAAAGCCCAGUUUGAGCGUGAUCUUCAGGGACGUGAUGAACAAAGUGAGGAGAAAAAGAAGCAUCUUUUCAAGCAGGUUCGCGAGUUGGAGUCUGAACUGGAAGAUGAAAGGAGACAGAGGGCCACUGCUGUUGCAGCAAAAAAGAAAUUGGAGCUGGACCUCAAAGAUCUGGAAGGGCAAAUAGAUGCAGCAAACAAGGCACGAGAUGAAGCCAUUAAGCAGCAGCGCAAACUGCAGACUCAGCUGAAAGACUGCUUGCGUGAACUGGAUGAUGCCCGUAUCUCUCGAGAAGAAAUCCUGACGCAGUCCAAGGAAAAUGAAAAGAAACUUAAACAGAUGGAAGCAGAUCUAGUACACUUGCAAGAGGACCUUGCUGCUGCAGAGCGUGCCAAGCGUCAGGCCCAACAGGAACGAGAUGAGUUGGCUGAUGAGCUAGCAAACAGCUCUGGAAAGAGUACCCUUGCUGUGGAGGAAAGGAGACGCUUGGAAGCCAGGAUUGCUCAGCUAGAGGAAGAACUAGAGGAAGAGCAAAGCAACAUGGAAAUGGUCAAUGACAGGCUUAAGAAAUCUGGUCUUCAGGUGGACUCGCUGACAGCUGAGCUAACUGCUGAGCGCAGCAAUGCCCAGAAGAGUGAGAAUGCACGUCAACAGUUAGACCGACAGAACAAAGAGCUGAAGGCUAAGCUGCAAGAAAUGGAAAAUAUGAUGAAGAACAAAUUCAAAGCUAACAUGACGGCCUUGGAGGCUAAAAUUGCACAAUUGGAGGAACAAUUAGAUAUUGAGAGCAAGGAGCGUCAGGCUGCAGCCAAAGUGGUGCGUCGUACAGAGAAAAAGCUGAAAGAAGUGUCUAUGCAAGUUGAGGAUGAGCGUCGCAAUGCUGACCAGUACAAAGAUCAGGCAGAGAAAGCCAAUACACGUAUGAAGCAGUUGAAGCGGCAGCUAGAGGAGGCUGAAGAAGAGACUCAGCGAGCUAAUGCAGCUCGUAGAAAGCUUCAGCGCGAGUUGGAAGAAGCUUCAGAGACUGCAGAUGCAAUGAAUAGAGAAGUCUCAUCACUCAAGACUAAAUUAAGGCGUGGAGAUGUGCCUUUUACUACACCUCGUCGUAUUGGCAGAAAGGGACUUGAUGGAUCUGAUGACGAUGCAGACAAAGAUGAUGGCAAACCUGAAUAAGGACUCCUUAUAACCCAAGACAGCACGAGACAGAGAACUACCAGAAAUCCUGCUUUGGAGUUCUUAAACCAGCCACAUUUGCUGAAUUUAAAUCGACAUCAGUGAUGUGUGGUAGAAGAAAAUUCAGUUUCGAUAUCUGGCUAGUAAACUGUCUCCCUUGUCUACUUGCGUUUUUCCAUCUCUGCAUUGGGUUUACAGCAUUGUGGCUGGCAGAAUGAUUUUACAUCCCCUUUCCCGAGCAGCUCAGCUGUAAACGUAAUUGCAUAUGUGGCACAAGACAUUUCAGGAUCCAGAUCAGUUGUGUUUAUGUGAAUGCAUGCUGCUGUGUUUGGUGCUUCACACAGUAAUUGUUGGCACUUUGCAAUAUCUGAACACUUGGAUGUGGGAGAAUGUGGCUUUGCUUUUGAGUGCAAAGCUUGUUUUCCUUUAUAGUUAAGUUACUGCUGCCUUUCAGCUUUGUCUUAAAUAAGGGCAUUUAGCAGUUGUAACAUGAUCACAGCAUUUCUGGUCUGGCGUUUUAAACGUAAAAGCAAUGCAAGAAGAGAAACUAGGUAGGUCAAGGGUAUUUGCCAAAUGAACACUUUCCAAAGCCAAGUUUUUUCUUAAGCAAAAAUACUUGUUAAACAAAAAUACUUGUUGUGCAAUGAAAUCUUAGAUUUGGAGCUGUGGUCUAAUGCGUUCAUUUUUUUUUUUUUUUUUAUAGUAGCAUAGCUAGGAACAUGGACAUUGAGAUAAAUGUAGUUUACCAGCUGUGCUGAUUUGUAUAGUACUUUGAUUAUUUUGGGGACCAAAUGUAUUUAAUUGAAUUAAAAAAAAAGUAUCAAGCCAAAGCGAAAACCUUUUAUAUAUAAAACUUGUGUAUUACAUUAAGGAUGUAUUACAGUUGUACUGCCUGAUACUUCUGGGUAACUGGAGGAUCUUUUUGUACUGCACCACUUUCUUAAAUAUAGCUCUUACUGAAAUGCACAUAGAUAUGCUUUAUUAGGACAAAGAAAUAAAGGUCUUCCUCACUGCCUCUGUCUUUUGGGACCAUGGUAAUAUAAAUGAUCUUUAUUAUGGCACACACUGGUUGCUUACACUCUGUAAAAUAUUUGUAUAUUCUGCAUUUAUAUGUGAGAAAAAAGGCUUAAAAUGUUUAAAACUAUGCAUUUGCAAGGAAGAGAGUAGAAUGAGUUAGCCACAGAGGGGAAACGAUGCAUUUGUCGAAAGUGCCUUUGUUUACAGCAGGAUUAGCACUGCUGUGAGCUGUGAUAUGUGAAUGUUGGUAUGUUACAAAUAAAGGUCAUCUAUAUCUUG